UGAGCCAAUACAGACAAAUGUAAAUGAACUAAACACCUCUGAUGCAAGUUUCAAACAAACGGGAGCACCUUUAAUUAUAUUAGACCUUAAUAGCGCCAGUUGAGCAGAGGUAUGGCCAUCAUGAGCGAAGGACAUGCACUGCUAUCUCACGGUCUUGCUAACAUUUCAGGGUAUGAGUAACUUGCCUUUAAAAGAACUUUCUUUUCGCUUCUAACAGCUGUUUUCCGAUGCCCAGUAAUCGAGGAACUAUAGCUCAUCCGACACCGCUUUCAGGAAGGAAAGCAAGACAGCAAAGCUAGACGUCAGUCUGUAUUACAGGACGGCGAGAUCUACACGCGAAAAAAAAAAAGUGUACGGAUUGUAUUAGAGCAAAGUGUCCUUAAUGUCAUCCUCUAAUUUCCAGUGGCAGGUCUUUCGGCGCUUUGAUCCUCCCCCCGCCGUUUUAAUACUUGGUUUUUCUUGAGACUGUGUAUUUGCCGGUCAGCCCGCCUGUGGUGGAGUCAUAUGGUGCGACGUCAUGGUGUAGUUAGUUACUGAAGUUGCAAAGGCUGGAGGAGGCUUCUUUCAAAGCUCCACGGGUCCCUCAUCGAGCACUGUGUCUCCACCGGAUAGCAUGCUGCCUACCUGCCCCAGCCGAUCUCCAAUGGAGCCUUUCAGUCACUGGAAUCCAUUACCUCAACCAUGCAAUUUCCACCAUCAAUAAUUUAAUCUAUUUGCUCCAAAGCUGAAAACAACCUCUAAGCACCCGGGGAAACGAAGGAAAAUAUAGCUUAAAACAACACUGGAAGUUAGUAAAAUAUUCCAAAUGAAAUUAUAUUUUUGAUGGUAUCCUGUACAAGUAGGCGGUGAAAGUUCCACCAGGUGAGAAGAGUGAUGACCAUCCUGUUCCUUACCAUGGUUAUUUCAUACUUCAGUUGCAUGAAAGCCGCCCCCAUGAAAGAUGCCCCCGGGACAAGGGGGCAGGGUACCGAAGGUUACCUGAGCGACGCGGUGGCGUGGAGCCACGGGACUCCAGAGAGCGGGGGCGGCGCCCAGCACAGGGGGCUGCCGUCUCUGACGGACACCUUCGAGCAGGUGAUCGAGGAGCUGCUGGAGGCGGAGGGCGGGCCGCAGGGGGCCGGUGGCCGCGGGCCGGACCCGGAGAGCCAGGCGGCAGAAGAGGCCGCAGCGGAUUCCAAAGACGUUGACGUGUUCGCGUCCCGAGUGGUGAUCAGCAAUCAAGUGCCUUUGGAGCCUCCUUUGCUCUUUCUUUUGGAGGAAUACAAAAAUUACCUGGAGGCAGCCAACAUGUCCAUGAGGGUGCGCCGGCACUCGGACCCGGCGCGGCGCGGCGAGCUCAGCGUCUGUGACAGUACGAGCCAGUGGGUGACCGCCGUAGACAAAAAGACGGCCAUAGACAUGUCCGGGCAGACGGUCACGGUCCUCGAGAAGGUGCCGGUGCCCAAGGGCCAGCUGAAGCAAUACUUUUACGAGACCAAAUGCAACCCCAUGGGAUACACAAAGGACGGCUGCCGGGGGAUAGACAAGCGGCACUACAACUCGCAAUGCCGGACAACCCAGUCGUUCGUGCGUGCGCUCACCAUGGAUAGCAAAAAAAAAAUCGGCUGGCGAUUCAUACGGAUAGACACUUCUUGUGUAUGCACAUUGACCAUUAAGAGGGGGAGAUAGUGAACGAAAUGUAUAGAUUUUAUGGAGAGUUUAAAAAAAAGAAAAUAAAAAUAUCUAUUUGUGUAUAUACAUAACAGGGUAAAUUAUUCCGUCAGAUGAAAAUUUUAUGGACUGCAUGUAAAAAAGAAAAAAAAAAAGAGAUGAAGUUUAUACAGUAAAAGUGAUACUACAGUCUAUUUAUUGAACAUAUUCAUGACCUUGUAAACGAUUAAAAUAACUAAUCAGUCAUUCGCGCACAAUUUAAAUUACUAUAUUACAUUCCUCAAGACAUCGUGGUUUGUUUACGUUGCCAAGAAUUUGAGAUAUAAGGAAAUGGAAAGUGAGGAAGAGUUAAAUAAAAAAAAUUCUGCAUGCUGCUUCAAUUGUGAAUUUAGAAACUGUCCACUUCGGGGGAGGGGGGGGGAAAAGUAUAAAAUUCUGACCAAAACAUUCCAUUUACAUUUUCAACAGUAAAUGGGCUUUCCUCAUCUCGGUACUAUAUCUGUUUACUGCUCUAAACUUCUCGAGGUAAUGUUGGAAUUACAUACUAUGUCAAGGUGCAGUUGUCAAAGCUUUGCUGUUUUAUUUUUUUAUCCCCAUGUUGAAAAAAAGAAUAUAUAUAUAUAUAUAAAUAUAAAU